UUGCCUUACAUUUGUGAAUAUCGAAUAGCGAAUAGCGGCACCCACCAUCCGACUCUCGACAUGGGACGCACGAGGCAAGGACACGAGCCAACGGCUGGACGAACAUGUGUUCACAAGAAUCCACAAUCCUAAUUAUAGAGAAUCUUUUUUUGUGCUCAGGGAAUGGCCUCGCGAAUCUUCAUUCACGAGAAUGAGAUGAUGGUCUUCAUCGUAUCGCCAUGGCGCCAAGCACGAGUGGACACCAUUUAGUUUGAAUUGGUGCUAUGCAUCCUAAUUAUAAUCACCUUUGAACUCUCGAACUGGGAUAUUUAAUCCCGCUGAUUGACCAUGGCAACUCACCCCCCCAAAAGCCAGAUCAACAACACAUCACCUUUUUAACUUUACUUCCUUCAGACCUCAACUUCACUACUUCAUCGAUUCAUAUCAACAAAAUGGUUUUCGCACCUCUCUUCCUCCUCUCACUUCUAGCUACCGCGUCCCCUCUCGACCGUCGCAGCUGCGCCAUCGAGGUCCCAUCCUACAUCGGCUGGGCAGACUCCGAUAUGGUUGACUAUAACUUUUUUCCCAAAGCUGGCAACACCGACAUCCUCGCUAGCAAAUACACCGGCCCACAGUGGACCCAAUGGAGAGACACUCUCCUUGAAUUCAACAUCCCCCAAGGAUCAUGGGGCUGCCAGCUAGAGAUGUACUUCGAAAAAGGCUUCGGCCUGGUUUUCAGAGAUCAUCCGUAUGGCCCUGUGAAGACGGAUGUAUGGAACGUCGAUGGAAAUGUCCCUCGCAAUCCGUUUAAUUACACUCUGACCUGGAAUACUGCGCCAAGUACGACGAGCUUGUUUGGGACCACAGGCGAUAUCGAGUUGCCGCCGCAGCCGACGCCUGGCUAUUCGCAGGAUGUCAAGAAGGUUAUCAAUUCGGCGCCUUGCAAGGAGAAGAUGACGUAUAGACUUAGGGUGCCAGCGGAGGUUACUAACGGAGGAGUACGCAUGUACCAGACAAACGGACAUCCGUUUGGUGGGUGGAGAAUCGUGCAUAAUUGUUAGUUUUUGGAAGAGGUGGGGAGAUUUGGUAGACCGGAAGAUGGAAGUUUGAUUUCGUUUCUUUGGGAGUGAAGGCAGG